UUGGGUAUUACACCACUAGACUCAGUUUUAAUUUUUUAUUUAUUAUUGUAUCAUUUCACCGUACAAUACGACACUGUUAAAUUUCGGCAAAUAGCUCUUAUUUGUCGAUUAUUGACUAGUUAUUGUCUCACACUGAACUUUUUGUCAGUUGUGAUUUAA